CACGGAAGUGCAGUGCAGCCCUCUCUGCCAUUCUCCACGGUGCCCACUUGGUCCCUGAGCUCUCCUCUGCCCUCCCUGCAGGCAAACCUCUUCCCUGCUGCCCUUGUGCACUUUGGACCUGAGGAGCCAACAGGCAUCUACCUGGAGCCCACGCUGCUGGAACACACUGUUUCCCCGUCUGCAGCGGACGUGCUGGUGGCCAGGUCCAUGUCCAGGGCCGCUGGAACCCCACCCCCGCCGCCAGCCCCUGACCCUGCGCCCGUUGAGUUGGAGCCAACUGCUGAGGAAGGGGCAGUGGGCCCCCGUGAGCCCAGCCCUGGGACGGCCCAGCCGCCAGCAAGAGGUGAGAGCCGCCAGCCCAGAGGUGCCACCCUGCCAGCCACAGGACCCCUGCCCACCCCGAGCGGGAAUAAACACGCAAGCCUCUCUUGAGACCCUCCUGUCGUCCU